UAUGUCAAGUAAUCUGUCAAAUUGUUUUCAAAUCCAAUCAAAGUUUUAAUAAAAGUUUAUUGCAAGGUCAAUCAAGGUUUUAGUAACUCCGUGUAGUACAAAGUAAACGUAGGGUAUUAAAUAAUUGGCUGAUUGAUAUUAAAACUUUCUUUUUGGAAUUCUAGUCGAAUUUGUUAACACUUUAAAAUAAAUAAUCAUAAGCACAAUUUUGCUUUUAAAUAAUUUUUUCUGUAUUAAAGCGGAUUCUAGUAUUCUCGAUACCCGUUGGUAGAAGGAUACUUGGUAUUAUACAAAAAUUAUAUUGGUAUAAAAAAUUGCAAAAUGGUGCCUACAAUUCCCACUGUUAGACUUAACAGUGGUUAUGAAAUGCCUGUUGUUGGACUUGGAACAUAUGCGCGUAAAGCUGACCCAGGACAGUUCUGUAAGGCUGUUGAAUGGGCACUGGAGACUGGCUACAGACAUAUAGACACAGCAUCUGUUUAUAACAAUGAAGAGGAAGUUGGAGAAGGUAUUAAUAAUAAAAUAAAACAAGGUGUGGUUAAAAGAGAGGAUCUUUUUGUAACAACUAAGCUAUGGAAUGACAAACAUGCAGAAAAAGAUGUGGUACCAGCUCUUAAGGAAUCUCUGGAAAGACUUAAACUGGACUAUGUAGACUUAUAUUUAAUUCAUUGGCCAGUAUCUGUUAAUAAAAAUGGUGAGGAUGAAGAUAUAGAUCAUUCGGAGACGUGGAGAGGUAUGGAGCGGAUUGUAGAGCUUGGUCUGGCUCGGACUAUUGGUGUGUCAAACUUUAACGAACAGCAGUUGAGUAAAUUACUGGGAACGGCUAAGAUUAAACCUGCUGUCAACCAGUUUGAGAUAAAUCCAACCUUCACAGCGCACAAUUUGGUAGAUUACUGUAAGAAUAUGUCCAUAGUUCCAGUAGCUUACACACCACUGGGCCUUAUAUCUGAGGCCAGACCUGAAUUUAAGGGUGUUGAUGUUAUCAAAACUGAUCCCAAGUUGGGUGAAAUUGCAGAAAAAUAUAACAAGAGUCGUGCCCAAAUUGGACUGCGUUAUUUGGUACAACGCGGUAUUCCGGUAUUGCCAAAAUCGUUUACGAAAUCCAGAAUCGAGGAGAACUUGAACAUAUUUGAUUUCCAAUUAACAGAUGAGGAAAUGAAGAUAGUCGAUGGUUAUAAUUUAAACCAUAGAUGUGUGCCCGGACUUGCUUUUAAAAACUACAAGAAUUUCCCUUUUUAAUGAAAAUACAAAGUGUUACUCAUUUAAUUAUACGUAAA